GACGGUAAACAACAAGGGACAUUUCGCGUUUUGCACACACGUGAAACACAUGAAAACACGAGAAAAACGUUUCGGUUAAUAAACGUGUUUUUUAAUAAGAAAUGAGCCUUGCAAUGGAUACCAGACACAAACCAGCAGUAGAUGACGAUCAUUUGUUCCUCGAUGAAGUUCUGAAUAAGUUGUAUGAUUUUGGUGAUGGGGCAGGAAAAACUAAAUCAACGAAAUCACGGAAGAGGAAGAUCAGUUCUAUUAAAGAAGAUGAGAACAAUAUUGAGGAAAACACAGCUACUGUCAAUGUCUCAGACGCUACAGUGUGUGAAAACACAGCAUCUGUAAGUCAACAGUCAAACGUGGAGGUUGUUACAUUUAUUGAUCCUCUGAAGAAGAACAGACCAUCAAAACCUGUUGAACCAGUGCAGAAGCUUCAGACCCAAGAUGACAAAGAAAAGAAGAAAACAGACUCGGAUAAGAAACUUACAAUAGAAAAGGCACGCUUUGAGGUUCAUCGGUUUGGACUCUCAGGAUAUCAGAAAGAGCAGCAGAGGGUUUUCGAGCAGGACAGAGCCAUCAUGCUGGGAGCAAGACCCCCCAAAAAGCAGUAUGUUAACUACAAAGAGUAUCAACAACAAUUAAAAGAAAAGAAGUUGAAAGAGCAGGAGGAAGCAAAAUCUGAGGCCCAAAAUAAAAAGAGGAAAGCAGGAAAAACAAGGAUUUCAAAAAGUAAACCAUCUUCUGGUGGACAGCUUGGAGGACAGGUUGGACGCUUUAAAAACGGCAUGCUGGUCUUGAGCUCCAAAGACAUUCAGAAAGUUAAUGUUAAAAUAAAAAAGUAACAGUGACUCUUUCAUUAUUUAUGUCAUCUAAAUCUUCAGAAUCCAAGUCACGUUCUGGGGGCAUGAAUAUUAGAAAUGUGUUAAAGUCCCCCUGUAGUGGAUAAUUGUAUCAUUUAAAGCACAUAAACAUAAUAGCACAUAUAAAAGUUUUUCCUGUGACAGUCAUUUCUUCAUGUUUGUAACUUUACACCCGUUCCUCAUUUAGUAACUCAGAUCAAAAAAUAUGCAAAUGAGUCCCCACCUCUAUGCAAUCACAUAAGCUUGGACCAUAGAUAUAAAUGGACAUAGAUGCGACAUUCAGCAGUUUCAGCACGUAGCUGCUAAGUCCGGAUUCACACAAUGCAUAUGUGAGCUGCGCAAAUAUUUUUCAGCGUUUAUGUUAACAGGUUAAAGCACUCAGAAUGCAUGUGUGCUGUGAUCGUUUCAGUGCUAAGUCUAUGGGGCAUCCAUACAUAUCUGUGGUUCAACCUAUUUAUUCAUUUGUUCAACUGUGUUGAUGUGAUUGGUUGCAUGUUUCUGACAAACUGCUUUUGAGAUUGUCCAAUUUAUGGAGAAAAUACUCAGCAAUGGUUUUAAACUUACACAUGGUUUGUCUUAAAGUAUGCCAAUAACACCACAUAGACAUAUAAACAACAAUAACAUAAAAAAUAAAUUCACCACAGAGAAUGAAACUGGACUGAAACUGUGGCAUGUUAUGAGAGAUGUGUUGUUAUUUUAAGAUUCUCCAUCAGGAGUAACCUGGGUUAUAUUGUAAUAGCACAAAAACUUUUUUUUUUAAAGAAAGAGUUUUGAAAGAAAAGCACAGACAAGACUCUUAUUGAUCUGUUAUUACAGUUUUAUUGUUUAUUAAAAGGGAAAAACACGUUUUUCUUCCACACUAUGCAGUAAGAAAAGAAUGUCAUAUACAAUGUAUUUAUAUAUACAAGACAUCACAGCAGGAAAAGAUCAAAGCAGUAAAAGUAAACUCAUGGUCACAUACAGUAAAAGAGCACCAAACACACACACACAAUAUUUCCAUUCAGGAUGAUGUCUAGGUUACCCCAGCAGCAGGUGUUGUGUGUGUUUGAUGGAUUAAAGGAAAGACUUGUCUAAGAGAAAGCUUAUCUUUCCAUACAGUUCUUCAUUAUGUUGAACCCUAACUAAUGUACAUCCAGAUUGCUUGUAUGUUGUAUUUAUAAAAAUAAAUCAUUUUUAAAUGCU